UGUACUUUGUUAAACUACCUAGAUUUCUCAGCAUGGAACCCAAACCUUUUGAUCCUCAGUAUUAUGAAGAUGAAAUUGAAGGUGAGAAGGUGCUGGACGAGGAAGAAAGAAUCAGGUUAAAAUUAAAGGUGGAAAAUACUAUAAGAUGGAGGAAACGCCGGGAUGAGGAAGGAAAUGAAGUUAAAGAAAGUAAUGCUCGAGUGGUGAGGUGGUCAGAUGGGAGCCUUUCCCUGCAUCUGGGCAGUGAAGUGUUUGACGUCUACAAGGCCCCCCUACAGGGCAAUUACAACCACCUGUUCGUUCGAGAAGACACGGGUCUACGGGGACAAGCCGUCUUCAAAGACAAACUCACCUUCAGGCCUCACUCUAGAGACCGUGACACAUAUAGAAAGACGACCCUGCCGCUUGCUAAUAGGUGCUCAAGGACACAGAAGAUUAGAAUCCUACCAAUGGCUAGCUGUGAUCCCGUGUGCCAGCGCACAGAGCUGAUUAAGAAAGAAGAACAUUUGAGGGCUUCUACUCAGCAGACCGUCCAUCUGUGGGAUCAGGAGAACCAGCAGGGGCUGGGUAUCCCCUACCAGGGCCCCAGUGGUGUCCACGAGGAAGAGGAAGGCACUGAAGCUGUGAAGAACCAUUACCAAGGCGACCUCUGAGGAGGUGAGCCCUUCAGAACAAGAAGAGCGGAGUUUAAAGAGGAAGAACAUGACUGAAGUAUGAAGUGUGUGCUCACUGUGUACACUUGACCCCUGAACACAGGGCUGAACUGCACGGGCCCGUUUACACACAGCUCCUUGCUAGCUAUGGUAUAGUACAGUAGAUGUAUUUUUUCUUUGUAGCUUUUUAAAAAGUUUAAUGUUUUAUUUAUUAUUG